GGAAGUGCUUAUGUGACCCAUGCUGAAUCCCGCGCGGGCGCAGCCAUUUGGUCUUUUACCAUAUCUCUACAGCGCCGUCUCAUCGCGACACGAAGACAGCUCCAACAAUGGCAGAGAACGAACCACAGGUUCAAUUUAAGCUGGUGUUGGUCGGGGAUGGAGGUACAGGGAAGACCACCUUUGUUAAGAGACACUUGACUGGAGAAUUUGAGAAGAAAUAUGUCGCCACUCUUGGAGUGGAGGUACACCCCUUGGUCUUCCACACUAACAGAGGAGCCAUCAAAUAUAACGUGUGGGACACAGCUGGUCAGGAGAAGUUUGGUGGCCUCAGAGAUGGAUACUACAUCCAGGCUCAGUGUGCAAUCAUCAUGUUCGACGUAACCUCAAGAGUUACCUACAAGAAUGUGCCUAACUGGCAUCGUGACUUGGUGCGCGUGUGUGAGAACAUUCCCAUAGUGCUUUGCGGUAACAAAGUGGACAUCAAAGACAGGAAGGUCAAGGCCAAGAGCAUCGUGUUCCACCGCAAGAAGAAUCUACAGUACUACGACAUUUCUGCUAAGAGUAAUUAUAACUUUGAGAAGCCCUUCCUGUGGCUUGCGCGGAAGCUGAUUGGUGACCCCAACCUGGAGUUUGUGGAGAUGCCAGCCCUUGCCCCACCUGAAAUUGCCAUGGAUCCCUCACUUGCUGCACAGUACGAGCAUGACCUGAAAGUGGCUUCAGAAACAGCUUUGCCAGAUGAGGAUGAUGACCUUUAACCUGUGACCUCUCUCUGUAGUGGAGGGUGUUGUGGAGUUGCCCCUGGCAACAAAGUUUGACCCUUAAACCCCUUUUACUGUAAAACCCCAUUGCAGAUAUUUUUAUUUUUCAACUUUUGUUUCUGUUUUUGUGUUUCGAACUGAAAAAUAAGUAAAGUUGUGUGGUUCUCUGAUUUUCUGUGUAGACAGGAUUAACAUAAUGCCACAGUGCACACAUUCUCUCUCUCACACGCACACACACACACACACACACACACCACUCAACACUCACGUAAACACACUCAGAGGUGUAAGAGCAGUUUGCUGAGUGUACGAGGGCUUAAUCUCUCUGUAAGGCGUCAAGCACUUGGAGAACAACUUUGAAUAAAAACAUUCUCAAUAUAGCAAA